ACCGGCAGGAUGGCUUGCUUCCCACAAUCAGAUGAGCUUGUAUUUUUUGUGAACGGCAGAAAGGUAACAGACAGGUGUGCUGAUCCUGAAGAACUGCUCCUUAAUUACCUGAGAAAGUGCCUCCGCCUCACAGGAACCAAGUAUGGCUGUGGAAUCGGAGGCUGUGGAGCCUGCACUGUCAUGGUGUCCACGUACAACCCAGACACUAAGAAGAUACGACAUUUCCCAGCCAACUCUUGUCUGCUCCCAUUGUGUUCGUUGUACGGUGCUGCAGUGACCACCGUGGAAGGAGUCGGAAGCACUAAAACCAAACUUCAUCCCAUUCAGAAAAGGCUGGCUGAGUGUCAUGGCUCCCAGUGUGGCUUCUGCACCCCCGGAAUGGUGAUGUCAAUGUAUUCUCUGCUAAGGAAUCACCCGGAGCCCACCAUGGAGCAGAUUUCAGCUGCUCUGGACGGUAAUUUAUGUCGUUGCACCGGGUACAGACCAAUAAUCGAUAGCUUCAGUGCUUUCUCAUCGGAGUCUUGUCCCCUGGCAGGGAGUGGAAAGUGUUGCUUGGAUCAAGAAGAUGAGAAGGGGAAAGAAAAAGAAGAAUAUUUAAUGUGUUCAGGUCUCUGCCGGCCAGAAGACUUCCAGCCCAGGGACCCAACCCAAGAUUAUAUAUUUCCUCCUGAACUCAUGAGAAUCGCUGAAGAGAGCAAACGAAGAACUCUGGUUUUCAACGGAGAAAGGAGUACAUGGAUUUCUCCUGUAACACUCCAGGAACUUCUGGGCCUGAAAGCCAAGUACCCAAUGGCCCCUCUUGUGGUAGGGAACACAAGUAUAGGACUUGAUGUGAAAAAACUGGGCAUUUAUUAUCCAGUUAUCCUUUAUCCUGCAAGGAUUCGAGAUCUGCAUGUUGUCUACAGGACAGACAAUGGGCUAGUGAUCGGUGCGGCAACCCACUUGGCCCAGCUGAGGGACAUCCUGUUAAAUGUGGUCCCAGAACUCCCAGCGGAGAAGACGAAGCUCUACCACACUCUGCUGAAGCAGCUGAGAACCCUGGCCGGAGAACAGAUCAGGAAUCUGGCUUCCUUAGGAGGACACAUUGUAAGUAGAGGGUCACCUUGGCAUCUGAAUCCCGUCCUGGCAGCUGGGAAAGCUAUCCUCAAUCUGGCAUCAACAGAUGGAACACGACAGAUUCCCCUGAACGGUGAAUUCCUUGAACGAUUGCCAGAGGCAGACCUUUUACCUAAAGAGGUCAUAGUCUCGGUUUUUAUUCCAUUCUCAAAGAAGGAUGAAUUUGUGUCCGCGUUCCGACAAGCCGAGCGGAGGAAGAACGCGUUGUCAGUGAUCAAUUCGGCAAUGCAAGUCCGGUUCCGGCCGGGCACUGAUGUCAUCGAGGACCUGACGAUUUUAUAUGGAGGCAUUGGCUGUACCACAGUGAGCGCCCCGAACACCUCUCAGAAGCUACGAGGAAGAAACUGGAAUGAGCAGAUGUUCGAUGAAGCUUGCAGGCUCAUUCUUGAAGAAAUUCAGCUCUCUCCUUCAGCAGUAGGUGGGAAAGUGGAAUACAGACGAACUCUACUUGUCAGCUUCUUUUUCAGAUUCUAUUUGGAAGUGCUACAAGGCUUAAAGUGCAUGUACCCAUUCAAGUAUCCUGACUUGCCAAAGAUAAAUUUGAGUGCCUUGGACGAGUUCCAUGACCAACCCCCACAGGGCAUGCAAGAAUAUCAGGAAGUUGACCCCCAGCAGCCUCCUCAGGACCCAGUGGGGCGUCCCAUCAUGCAUCAGUCUGGGAUUAAGCAUGCCACUGGUGAGGCCGUCUACAUUGAUGACAUCGGUCCAAUAGACGGACAACUCUACAUGGCGGUGGUGACCAGCAAACGAGCCCAUGCGAAGAUUCUAUCUAUCGAUGCCUCAGCAGCCUUAGAAACACCAGGGGUGGUCACUGUGGUAUCAGCCGCUGAUAUUCCAGGGGAAAAUGGUGAUGAACAUGAGAAGGUGUUUGCUGAAGAUGAGGUAAUAUACGUCGGUCACAUUAUCUGCGGUGUGGUUGCGGAGACCUAUGAACUUGCAAAGGAAGCCACCAGAAAAGUGAACAUACACUAUCAAGACCUGGAACCGAUUCUGACAAUUAAGUUUUAUAACAAUUGGCUCACGUCCUUCCCUAUUUGUUUGCUCUUGACAGGUGAAAGCCAUAUUGGAGGGCAAAAACAUUUUUACAUGGAAACAAAUAGUACUGUUGUCAUUCCGAGAAAAGAGGACCAAGAAAUGAUAGUCUACGUCUCCACACAGGAUGCUUCAAGAGUACAGCAACUGAUAGCCUCGGCGUUGGGUGUCCACUCCAAUAGGAUCCGGUGCCACUUAAGACGCGCUGGUGGAGCUUUUGGGGGGAAAAUAACAAGACCUGCCUAUUUUGCUAGUGCCGCAGCGGUUGCCGCACACAAGACUGGCUGUCCAGUACGUUUUAUUCUGGAACGAGAUGACGAUAUGUUCAUAACUGGAGGUCGAUAUCCUUUUUUUGGGAAAUAUAAAGUGGGAUUCAUGAACGAUGGCGAAAUCAAAGCUGCUGACCUCAACUACUAUGUAAAUGGUGGGGCUACAAGAGAUGUGUCUGAAGUGGUGUUAGACCAUCUGGUGCUAAAAAGUUUUAAUGCUUACCACAUCCCCAACUACCGAUGUUGCGGACAUGUCUGCAAGACUAAUUUGCCAUCAAAUACCGCAUUUCGAGGAUUCGGUUUCCCACAAACGGCCCUUUCUACAGAAAUGUGGGUUGCAGCAGUGGCGGAUGAGCUUGGCUUGCCUCAGGAUCAAGUCCGGGAGAUGAACAUGUACAAAACGGUUACUGUCACUCCCUACAAACAAAAGAUUGAUCCAAGGAAUCUGGUUGAAUGUUGGAAAGAAUGCUUCAAGAGGUCUGAUUAUCACAACAGAAGAAAAGCAAUAGAGGAAUUUAACCAGCAAAACUACUGGAAGAAGAAAGGGAUUGCCAUCAUUCCCAUGUUGUUUUCAAAUGGAUUCAGUGAAACACAUAGACAUCAGGCUGCAGCUCUGGUGAACAUCUAUGUAGAUGGGUCAGUGUUGGUGCAUUGUGGUGGAAGUGAGCUGGGACAAGGGCUUUACACCAAGGUGUUACAGGUUGCCAGCCAUGAAUUAAUGAUACCCUUGUCUUAUAUACAUAUUUUUGAAAGAAGUACCGUUCCAAUACCCAAUGCACAUGUCACAUCAGGAGCUAUUUCCACGGAAACCAAUGGCAGAGCCGUCCAGAUUGCGUGCCGAAUUCUUCGGAAGCGCCUCGAGCCAGUCAUUAAAAAAAAUCCACAAGGAAAAUGGGAAGACUGGACCAAAAAAGCUUUUGAGGAAAGCAUCAGCCUUUCGGCUACUGGCUACUUCAAAGGCUACGUCACCCAUAUGGACUGGGAGACGGGAGAAGGCCAUGCUUUUCCAUACUUCGUUUUCGGGGCUGCUUGCUCUGAAGUUGAGAUUGACUGCUUGACAGGGGAUCAUAAGAUGUCAUAUACUUCAUGUAUGCAAACUGCAAGCUAUGUCUCUUUAUAUCCACAGAUCGAAGGUGGUUUUUUGCAAGGAGUUGGACUUUUUACAUCAGAGGAAAUAAAAUUCUCCCCAGAAGGAGAGCAGUAUACGCUGGGUCCAGACACGUAUAAAAUCCCUGCUGUUUGCGACGUCCCAGAACAGUUGAGAAUCUACUUGCUACCAAACACAAGAAACCCCGUUGCAAUCUACUCCUCCAAGGGUAUGGGAGAAGCUGGAGUAUUCCUGGCCUCUUCCGUGUUUUUUGCUAUCAAGUAUGCAGUGACUGCUGCUCGGAAACAAAGAGGACUGAACGAGGUUUUUGUCCUCGAAAGUCCGCUGAACAUAGCAAGGAUUCGCAUGGCCUGUGCCGAUCAUUUUACAGAGAUG